UCAUUCUCUAGAGGAAGAAGCGAGCUACAGGAGCGCCAACAAUGAGUACCAUGAAGUUCUGCCGCGAGUGCAAUAAUAUUUUGUACCCAAAAGAGGAUCGUGACCAGAAGCUGCUCCUGUACGCUUGUCGCAACUGCGAUCACCAGGAGGCUGCCGACAACAAUUGCGUGUAUCGGAACGAAGUUCAUCACACAGCCGAUGAGAGAACGCAGGUUCUCCAAGAUGUUGCGUCGGAUCCCACGCUUCCCCGCACAAAGGAUGUGCGAUGCUCGCGAUGCAAGCAUGGAGAAGCAGUCUUCUUCCAGGCAACAGCGAGGGGUGAGGAAGGGAUGACGCUAUUUUUCGUAUGCUGUAAUCCCAAUUGCGGCUAUCGCUGGAGGGAUUGAUCAAAAGAACAUAUCGGUGCUCGCGAAGUGUUUCCUCCACUUCGGAACGCGUGCGUUUUUCGCUACAGUUCUUAUCUUACACUUGAAAGUUAUAGAUUUUUCGUGUCAA